AAAUAAAACAGUUGAACGCCGGCUUCGUUCCGGAAUUGAUCGAAAUUCUCAAAGUUAACGUCGUCGGUUAGAAUUGUUAUCAAAAUGUUUCGUUUAUUUGUGGUCUUUAUAUUCUAUAUUUUGAGUUUUAGUAUUAAAAUCACAAUUGGAGCUAAUAUUCUAGCAUUAAUGAUGGUUAUAUCUCCAAGCCAUCACAUUUGGAAUAGCGCCCUGACACACACCCUUGCCGAACAAGGUCACAAUGUCACUGUUCUAUCGGUUGAUCUACCCAAGCCAAGUGAAAAACUUCCAUCCAAUCUGCACUAUAUUCACUUGGAAGAAGGAUACUCAAUUUAUAGUGGCGACAUUAAAAUCGAUCUUAAGGAUUAUUUUGGAAUAAGUCCGUUGCAACAGAUUCCAUUGUUUUAUGACACUUGUGAUACUCUUAAUCAGUAUAUUGUCAAAUCUAAGGGACUGCACACACUUCUCAACUAUCCAGAUGAUUUUAAGUUUGACUUAGUUUUGAAUGAUUAUACGAUGGGACCACUUUUACUUGGAUUUAUGCAUAAAUUUAAAUAUCCACCAUUGAUUGGAAUGAGUGCUUUUCUUAAUCCACCGAUUACAAUUGAUCAAAUGUCACAUCAUUACUUUCCGGCGUAUAUUCCAUAUCAUUCGACAAUGUAUUCACCUGAGAUGAGUUUUUGGCAGAGGCUGGAAAACACUUUGAUUUUUAUCGGAGAUACAGCAUACCGUCGUUUAAUAUUUCUACCCCGUGCUGAUGCCACAAUUCGUCCUUUCUUCUCCAAGGACAUGCCAUAUUUGGGGGAUAUUUCAAAACAUACCGCCAUAUCGCUAGUCAAUUCCCAUCCAGCUAUCAAUUACGUUGAACCACUGCCUCCAAAUAUUAUUGAAGUUGGCGGAAUGCAAAUCAAAAAUUCCAAACCACUUCCCAAGGACUUGGAUGAUUUUAUGAAUGAUAAAUCAAAAUUAGGAACAAUUUUGAUUUCCUUGGGAACAAAUAUGAAAAGUGAAGAUUAUACUGAAGAACAAAUUCGUACAAUUGUCAAUACGAUGAAAUCUUUGCCAAAUUAUAGUUUCUUGUGGAAAUUUGAUGCUAAAUAUUUGAGGAAGGAGAAACUACCAGAGAACGCCAUUGUUCGACAAUUUUUCCCUCAGAGUGAUAUUCUUGCUCAUCCUAAAAUAAAGGCAUUUGUAACACAUUGUGGUGGCUUGAGUACACAAGAAGCAAUAUGGCGGGGAGUUCCAAUGGUCGGAGUUCCGCUCUUUUUCGAUCAACAUAGGAAUCUUCGGAACGCUAUGACAGUUGGAGUUGCUGAAAAAUUGGAUUUUUUCACAAUGACCACUGAGAGUUUGAGGAAAACCAUUUUAAAAGUCUUAGAAGAUCCACAAAUGCAAGCAAAUAUAAAAGCAGCAUCAGUUAAUUUUCGAGACAGACCAAUGCCACCUUUGGAAACUGCAGUUUGGUGGGUGGAAUACAUGCUACGAAAUCCUAAACCGACUCAUCUCAAAUCACCUGCUGCAAAACUUAAUAUAUUCCAAGCAAAUUCUUUGGAUUGUUUGCUAUUUAUUUUAGUUGUUUUGCUGUUGGUUAUUUAUACAACAAUUAAAUUAUUGUUGUUCUUAUUUUUAAAAGUUAUAGGAAUACAAAAAGCUGUGAAACAAAAGACAAACUAAAUUCUUGUACGAAAUAAUAAAAAUUGGAUUUUGAUCUUUUUAGAGUUUACAUAA